AUGAAGAAGUGCCACCUCUCAAAAUACAAGUCCCUGCCACCCCGGGAACUGGAGACCUUCAAGAAUGUUAAGGACAGAUUUGAGGACAUCGUGCUGUUGUCAAACCGAAAAUGCAACACCAAGAUUUUCCACCGGAACUGGGAAGUCAAAGAGCUGUCGGUGCACGACAGAAUGAUCCUGGUGAAGGAGGAGCUGCACCUCGUUAUUGACGUGCUGGAGAACUUUGAGGAUCCCAGUCUGUCUGAGCCGCUUGUGAGGCCAUUAGAAAUCCUGAGGCACAUCAGAGAGGACUUGAAGAUCUGCGAAACUCCAGGAUGCUUGGAAGCAUCUGUGAUCCUCAAUCUCUUCCGGCUGCUGAACAAUGACUUGAAGUGCGCAGCCUACAUGGAGUCCUGCACCUAAACGCCAGAUCUUUACACUGUCUCACCUCAUGCAUCUAAUCAGACACUGGAGAGCCCAGCGAAUGGGAACCCUGAAUCCUUCCUACAGGACACUGUAUUUUAACCAGGCGUGAUGCUCUUUCCAUCUUGGCAUUUUACCAUGGAUC